UCCAAAGAGGCUCGGGGCAGAAUACGAAAUCUUUGUACAACAACCCCUUAGUAUUUGUGUUCCUACCGAAGCUCAGAGAAUGGCCUCGAAUUCAACCGUUGUCGAGUCAGGUCCUGAAUCCCCAACUACCCCUCACCUCGAACUCAUCAACGGCCCAAGUCCCAUACCGUGACGCUGUUGUGUCAUGGAAAAUUCCAAAGGUUGAACUUUUGGGCGAGGAACGUUACAUCGACAGUUUCGAAUCCGAUUGCGUGACACAUGUGGUGUUGCAGUGAGCCCUUUUGUCAGUACAGAGAAGAAUCGUGCAACUGAUCGGCUGAAAAGAGUAUCAGACGCUCGACAACGACAAGUAUUUUCUCAGAUUGGCGUUCAGCAUGACUAUGGUUAUCCCUUCCCUAUCUGGCACUUUCUUGGCAAAAUGAUCUCCCAGGCGCUGUUCGAAAAUGAGACUUCGCUUGAGAUAUUGAGUUUUACAAGGGUAAACGACCGCGAAUUCGUUGGGUUCGAGAACAAGAACUAUCCAAAAAGCAGUAACAGCACAGACAUUAAUGCUGUUGAAGUGAGUCUCAAAACACCACGGCCUAAUGAGCCUAUGGAGGUCUUUUGGCGGCCUGCUAGGGGCAUCAUCAUCGAGAGGCUUCGAGAAUGGUUACAGGAACCCCUUUCGGCCCCUUGACGGGUAGAUACUGUAGCGUCUCUUGUUGCACAGAGCCUACACAGCCAACAGCUUCGAAUGCUCAACGAAUGCUACCAUGUCUGAGCCCUGUCGAUCAUCUAUCCUCGUGA